AUGAUCAAUUCCCCAGACAAGAUCCGUGGCGAGUACCUCAGCGCCAUAGCUAAUUUCGGCAUCCCGCAGUACGGCGGCUCGCUGCAGGGCUCGGUGGUGUAUCCGGCGAAAUCGAACGACAUGUGCAAGCCGUACAAGGGGAACGACCUUGCGACGAAGGCCGGUGGCAUGCCGAAUAUCGUCAUCGUUGACCGCGGAGGUUGCUAUUUCACGGACAAGGUGUUCAACGCGCAGGAGGCCGGGGCAUCCGCCGUGAUCGUCGCGGACGACAAGGACGAGAAUCUCCUUACAAUGGACACUCCCGAGGACGAUCCCGACGCGGCGCGCAUGGUCGACAAGAUCACGAUUCCGUCGGCGCUGGUUCAGAAAUCGACGGCGGAUCUGAUUAAAAAGGGGCUCAAGAGCGGUCCGGUGAUGGUUUCGUUGGACUGGCGGGAAGCGCUGCCGCAUCCGGACGAGCGUGUCGAGUAUGAAUUCUGGACCAACAGCAACGACGAGUGCGGGCCGAAGUGCGACUCCCAGGCGGAGUUUCUGGACGCGUUUAAGGGCUACGCGAUAAUGUUAGAGCAGGGCGGGUACACGCUGUUCACGCCACACUACAUCACCUGGUACUGCCCGGAGGCGUAUUUGGAAAGCCGGCAGUGCAAGACGCAGUGUAUUAACGCCGGGAGGUACUGCGCGCCGGAUCCCGAGGAGGAUUUCGACGUGGGGUAUGAUGGGAAGGACGUGGUGGCGGAGAAUCUGAGGCAGCUGUGCGUGCACCGCGUGGCGAACGAGACGCACGGGUCGUGGCUGUGGUGGGACUAUGUGACGGACUUCAAGAAGCGCUGCCGCAUGGCGGACAAGACGUACGGGCCGGAAUGCGCGGAGAGCAUCAUCACUGCGCUGGGGCUCGGCGUGGCGAAGGUGCGCGAGUGCAUGGGCGAUCCCACCAAGGAUCAGGACAACCCCGUGCUCAAGUCGGAGCAGGAGGCGCAGAUUGGCACAGGCGACCGUGGCGACGUCACCAUCCUGCCCACCGUGAUCAUCAACAACAAGCAGUACCGCGGCAAGCUGGACUCAAAGGCGGUGCUGAAGGCCGUCUGCUCGGGCUUUAAGGAAACCACCGACCCUCCUGUGUGCCUUGGAGCAGAUGUGCAGACGAACGAGUGCUUGUCAAAUAAUGGCGGCUGCUGGCAGGGCUACAACCUCACUGCUUGCAAGGACACGUUCCGAGGGCGAGUGUGCGAGUGUCCCAAAGACCCCCAGACUGGCGUGUACCUGUCGGGAGAUGGCUACACCAAGUGCGAACCCACGGGGGUGGGUCGCUGUCUGGUCAACAAUGGCGGCUGCUGGCAGGGGGCUGGCGAUGGCCAAACCUUCACUGCCUGCCAGGACAGUUCAUCGACCCAGUGUGUGUGCCCGCCAGGCUUCAGGGGAGAUGGGUUCAAGUGUGAGGACAUAGACGAGUGCUCCGAGCACAGCGCAUGCAGCUGUGUGGACUGCCACUGCAAGAACACAUUCGGGUCGUACGAGUGCUCGUGCUACAACGGGCUGGUGUAUCUCAAGGACUCAGACACGUGCAUCAGCAAGGAGGGAGGCACACCGCCCACGCGGCUGUGGGGAAUGGUGGCGGGCAUUGUGCUGGGCUCACUCGUGGUUGUGGCCAUCGUGGCUUAUGUCGUGUACAAGUACCGCCUCAGGUCAUACAUGGACUCGGAGAUCCGGGCCAUCAUGGCGCAGUACAUGCCGCUGGACAGUCAGAACGACCAGCAGGUGGCACGGCAGCCCAUGCUCAACAACGAUGACGAGUUCUCCGCGUAA